CACGUAUAGAUACAUACACUAUAUCGUGCACAUAUACACAUAGUAUAUGUACGUACAUACCUUCCGUCAACGCGUGUUCUUAAAAUUAAUGUUGCGCACGGACCGUUUCACGACAAAGGUUACAUUCCAAACUGUGUGGUGGAACCUAACGAUAAGAACAAUUCCCCAAAGUAUUUACGGAUGUAUACAGCGAGCGUGACAGGAUGUCACCGAACGAGAAACCUUGUCGCGCGUGCAUGGACUUCAAGUCGUGGGCAAAGAGUCAGAAAAAGACUUUCGACUCCGAGAAGGAAUCUGAGAAAAAGGAGAAGAGUGAUCCACCUGUAAACAACGAUGUCAGACGAGCGGAUUGCCCACUGGACAAGGAUGAACUGGGCUCAAAAACUUGGGCAUUUUUACACACCAUGGCUGCUUACUACCCGGAAAAGCCGACCAGAGAACAAAGGUCGGACAUGAAAACGUUCUUUCACAUAUUUUCCAAGUUCUAUCCUUGCUACGUGUGCUCGGAGGACUUGCAAGAACAAUUGAAGAAGACACCUCCAAAAACUGAUUCUCAGAAGGAUUUGAGCCAGUGGCUCUGCAGGAUACAUAACAUGGUGAAUAAGAAACUUGGGAAACCAGAAUUCGAUUGUAAACUCGUCGAACAGAGAUGGAAAGAUGGCUGGCUGGACGGUUCCUGCGACUGAUUGAUGUAAAUUUUGUAAAACCUGCCCCACUCCCCCGUCUGUACAAAACGCGAUGUAAGACGGUCGAGCGACAAGCGUAAUUAUUUCAAUCGUUUGGAUCACUGAUCAGGAACAGUACAAAGUAGCAGACGGCGUUAGAUGCGAAACGGUGAACACGGAAGUGGCGGCUGCUCUGUAACGAGGC